AUGCAAAUAUCGUUAAACAACAUCGUAAAGCGUGCACUGGCAGCUGGUCUGUCAAUCAAUAUCACCAAAACCAAGUCUAUGCGUCUCAAUUCAAACUGCUCAACGAAGUUUCAACUAGAUGACUCCUACAUCGAAGAAGUACAAAGUUUCUGCUAUCUGGGAAGCUACAUUUCGAACAACGGCGGCAGUCGGCAAGACAUUCAGCACAUGCUAUCGAAAGCGAAGCAAGCGUUUGGAACCCUUAACAAAAUCUGGCGUUCAUCCAACAUUACACAACGCACUAAGAUACACCUGUACAAUGCAAACGUAAAAUCAACUUUACUAUAUGGUAGUGAGAGUUGGAACCUAACGGCAAGAGACGCACAACAGCUACAAGCCUUUGUCAAUCACUGUCUACGACGCAUCCUUCAUGUAUUCUGGCCAGCAACCAUAACCAAUAAUGAGCUCGGGUUUAGAACGAAUCAGCCUCUUAUAACUGAUGAAAUAAUGAUGCGCAAAUACAAAUGGCUUGGCCAUACGUUAAGAAAACCCGCUGAUGAUAUCGCAAGAAAUGUCUUAGAUUUCAACCCUCAAGGCAGUAGAAGACCAGGGCGUCCGCGCAAUACUUGGAAACGACAAACUGAAGCCGAAUUAAGAAAUGCUGGAAAGAGCUGGAGUGAAACAAAACGUCUUGCAUUAGAUAGA